AUGGAAGAUAGAGACGGUAGUGGUUGGGCAACAAGAGAUAAGCCAACGGAGUCGGUCGGGCGAACUCCCGGGGCCGAACCGCCUUCCAAGCGCCGGGUCUUGACGGAGGCUCGGCGAGAACAGAACCGGCUCGCUCAGAGGGCGUAUCGCCAGCGGCAAAAAGAGCAUCGUAAACAGCUCAAAGAGGCAGAGUCGCGCCGCUAUCAAGCACGACGACCACGACCGCUGCUGAAGCGAAGCGAUAUUACUUCCAAGCCCACGAAGUGCUCUCAUGAUGCACCAAGCAGUGUUGAAGAGCCAUUGAAAGCGGAGAUUUCAUUGAUGCAGGGCACUCCGCAUAGCGAUAUCAGCACAUCGACAAACACCCAGGAAGACGAAUUGGUCUUACCAGACAUGUACCUCAACAUGCUUCGAUUCGAGCAAGUAACAAUUUCCCACGCCGUUUUCCAAAAUGCCCUAUCUAUGGGCCUCGACCUACAAUUCAUCGCCAACUGUGGCGCUUAUUGCAUCUCACCAUUUUACCAGCCCAGCCUCGCUUCAACUACCGAUCCAACAGCGCUUUUACAACAAGGUGCUGCAUCAACGGCUUCUUUCAAAAACACGAGCAUUCCAAUCCAUCUUCGCCCAACACUAGCACAAGUCCUCAUCCCACACCACGCCAGCCUGGAUCUCAUCCCGAUUCCAUUCCUCCGUGAAAGGGCGAUUAUGCUGUCAGCUGCAAUGCCCAACACUUUUAACAGUUGGGAGCUCAAGUUUGAUAUAUAUGGAAGAGGCGGUUUGACUAUUUGGAGACGGAACCAAUCUGGAACAGAGAGGCGCUCUAAUACCACUUAUCAGCCUUGGGAUAUGAAGAGCUGGGAGGCUGCACCAUGGUUUUUGAAGAAGUGGACCAUGAUUAUCGGGGAUGAAGAGAGCGAGUUUUACAAGCAGAGUAUUGGGUGGCAGUUGAUUAGAGAUUUGAUACUCUCGCAAGGUGAUUUGCAACUUGGAAAUGGGGACACUUGA